AUGGCAUGGUUCGCAUCACUGGUCGUUCUUGGCGCCGUCUAUGUAGCUGCCUUGGCGUUCCGCCUCGUUCGGCACUUGGCCGUGUGCUUCCGGGGUCCCAAGGACAUCCGGCGGUGCUACGGCACGUGGGCCACCAUCACGGGGCCAACAUCUGGCAUUGGAUGGUCCCUGGCCGUGGAGCUCGCGCGCAGUGGGCUGAACCUUGUCCUCGUCGGCCAAGACCCGGCCAAGCUCCGGGACAUCUCCCAGACGAUAUGCAGGGCCGCUCCCACCGUGAAGACCCAAGACUCUAGUCUUGGGCUGUCCCUCCUCGCCACCGCCCACAGCGACGAGGCGAUGCGGCGGCUGCGGCAGACCGUGGAGGCGCUGGACGUUGGCGUGCUGGUGAACAACGCCGGCGUGCUGGAGCCCUGCGCGGUGUUCCUGCACGAGGCCGGAGCGGAGGAGUGGGUGGAUAUGAGGGUGAACCUGUUGGCGCUGACGGAGGUGACAGCGGCGGUGAUUCCGGGCAUGGUGGACCGCGGGAGGGGAGCUGUAGUCAACUUGGGCUCGGCUUCGUCAGAGGCCAUCCCCUCCUUACCACUCUACACCAUGUACGCCGCCACUAAACGCUAUGUUGCUCGGUUCUCUAAGAGUCUUCACGUCGAAUAUAGAAGCAAAGGAAUCGAUGUGCAAUGCCAGGCACCGUUCUUCGUGGCCGGCACGAUGGCGUCCGCCUUCGUGGAGGCCAGGCGCUUCAUGCCAUUGACCCCAACGCCGGAAACCUAUGCGCGCACAGCAGUGCGGUGGAUCGGCCAUGGCCCGCUCUGCGUGCCUAUCUUGGGACACCGGAUCAUGUGGUUCUUUUCGGGCAUUGUACCCGACUUUUUGCUCGAUGAGAUGCUCCUGCAUGAUCACCUAUGGCAGAGGAAGGAGUUACAGAGCAUAAGGUCGUUGCCCACGAGCGGCUGA